UAAACAUCAUGGUGUGAAAAUAGGCAGCAAGGUGCUCGCUCGUCGCUUCUGAAGACAAUUUGAAUAAUACAACUUGUUACAAGUGCUGUACUCUCUGUCAGAAGCUCAGUAAACAUGGCGUCAGAGAUAUGGAAGAGAAAGCCUCAAUACAUGAUGGUGAGAGAAGGAUCGAGCGAUGAUCUGCACGCGACAUGGGCUGGGCCAAUCAACACUAAACUGUACGGUGACGGGUUGCAAAACCUGUGUCGAAAUACAUCGAACAAUAUCAGGAGGAUUAAAUCGUCAAUGAUGAGAUUGGACCCAUGUCUAGAGUACGGAACUGAACAUUGGCACACAGACAGCAGACCGGCUUCAGCUCAGGUAUAUCAAGUCACAGCACCUGACAGGGAGAAGGUGUCCUGGCACGAUCCAGGUGUGAUGUUUGCUUCAUUUGGUUCUAUGCAGUCACUUGCUUCCCAGUCAACAAACAGCCUGGCCAGCGAGAAUAUCACUUCCACAGCUCAACAUAAUUUCUGCUACCUGUGUUCCACUUUGGAGGAACAUCAAAGACAUCUCCUUCAUUCUAGACCAGCAAAAAGAUCCUUGAAGCCUCGAAAGCCACGUAUCAACUAUGUUGCACCCCCGCCUAGAGUCAAGGUGAAGGUUGAAGAGCCAACAGCACCAGCAGAGAUCUUAUACCGCAUCGUCGUGGUGACCAGCGCAAAGGCAAACGCAGGAACAAGUGCAAAUCUCCUUAUAGGCAGCUUGGGUACAUAUAAGUUUACAUGGAAGAGACGAUACAGCUGCACACAGUUGAAGAAAGGUCGAGGGUCUUCAAUGUUUUGUUUUAUGAGGGGCACUACGGAGACAUUCUUCUACAAAGGUCCCUAUAAUCUGACAUUACUUGUUUUGUGUGUCCAGCAUGAUGGCCUGGAGAAAAAGCAUGCAUGGUACCUGGAGUACAUAGUGGUCACCAACAUGCUGACUGACCAGUCCUGGAUGUUUGUGUGCAACAACUGGCUGUCCCUGCACCAUGCCGACUUCCGAAUCAAGAGAGACAUUGAGGCCUCACUAAAGGAGAAGGUUGAGCGAGAACUGGAGAUAACUGUGAUAACUGGACACAAGAAGAUGGCAGGAACGGAUGCCAAGGUUUACUUGACGCUAUUUGGCAAGUCUGGCAUGAGUCCCAAGUUGCAUCUCCCUGAUGACAAGAACAAGAAACGCUUUGAGAGGAACAGUGAAGACCAUUUCAAGUUCAGGAUCAAAGAUAUUGGAGAAAUUAAACGAAUCAGAAUUGAGCACGAUGGGUCUGGCCUGGCAGCGGGAUGGAACCUACAGAAGGUAACAUUACUGGUGCAGUUUAAUACUAAUGUCCUUUGUAUCGAGAGUUGGGAUGAUUAG